AUGAACUUCUACCACUCCUGCCAGUACGGAGUGAAGCCUAUCGCGCCUGGAAGCAAUCACUUGCUCACGUGUGCCGCUUUGAGUAUUGCAGCGAUCGACGUUCAUAUGGAGCAGGUUCGUGCCAGGAACGCUGGGGAGCAGGAGGUCUAUGAUUUCGACGCCGAGCUUCGAGCAGCGUACGACAUGUUCUGUGCCCUAGACGACCCUACGCCACCCAAGGCAAUCAAGAAGACAGCGAGCAAUGACGGGCGUCCUGGCGCAGCGGCCUCCUCCUCACGCCACUCUGAGACGAAGGUGACGCCCACAGGCUCUAGGAGGCCGUCCGAAACUGCGGAGGGACACGACCCACUGCAACCUACCUCCUCCAUCUUUGCUCUCAACAGGUCCGACGUGCCUUGCGUCUCGUCUCCCUACCACCACCCUGAAGCCCAACCAUCGGGUCCAUCCUACCGCACCAAUACCGCUAGUAACACUAAGCCCCAGUCAACCUUCGGCGCUCCAAACCUGGCACCACCACCCACCCCUGUCGCGUCCCAAGGCCAGCCCCAGACACAAAGACUGGUUCAAACCGAGGCCUCCGCGGCCCCGAAGAACAGACAGGGCCGUUCCGCACUCACCGCCGCGUCGGAGCGCGCACUGUAA